CCCCGCUGCAUACAAACCGGCCACUUUUCCUACCGGCUCCUGCCUUCGACAGUCCAAUAUCCGUUCUGCUCUCACUUGCUGUCCGGAUCCCACACAAUGGAAAAUCCCAAUCCAGAUCCAACGGCUGAGAACGAUCAGCAUCUCGCCCUCAGGCGGAUCCAACGGAUAUCCUUGCACCUCGCCUCACCCAGAACACCCCUUCAUCACUGCACAGACCCCGAUCAGCUGGCGAUGUUAACGUGCGCCAGGGCGAAGAAGCUAAACGUGAGCCCCUCCGUCCUCUCGAAUUACAUGAGAGGAAAGAACAGGGAAAUCCAGGAGAGGGUGUUCGGGUUCUUUGAAUCCCGGCCCGACCUCCAGACGCCGAUUGAGAUCUCCAAGGACGAACACCGGGAGCUCUGUAUGCGGCAGCUCCUUGCGCUGGUGAGGGAGGCAGGGAUUCGUCCGUUCAAGUACGCUCUCGAGGACCCUGCCAAGUACUUUGCAAUCUUGGAAGCGGCUGGGAGUGUCGAUAUGUCGCUCGGCAUCAAGUUGGGGGUGCAGUACAGUCUUUGGGGAGGCUCAGUGGUUAACUUAGGAACCAAGAAACAUAUAGAUAAGUACUUCAACAAAAUUGACAAUUUGGAGUAUCCUGGUUGUUUCGCUAUGACAGAACUCCAUCAUGGAUCAAAUGUUCAAGGCCUGCAAACAGUCGCCGCCUUCGAUCCUGUUACUGAUGAGUUCAUAAUUGACACUCCCAAUGACGGCGCCAUUAAAUGGUGGAUAGGUAAUGCAGCAGUUCAUGGAAAGUUUGCAACAGUUUUCGCAAGGCUCAUCUUGCCAAAUCACCAAACAAGAGAAGGCACUGAUAUGGGUAUCCAUGCCUUCAUUGUCCCAAUAAGGGACUUGGAGACACAUUGUGCGCUUCCUGGGAUUGAAAUACACGAUUGCGGCCACAAGGUUGGCCUGAAUGGAGUUGACAAUGGAGCACUGAGGUUUCGUUCUGUAAGGAUUCCUCGAGAUAAUCUGCUCAAUCGAUUUGGAGAUGUUUCACGUGAUGGAAAAUACACGAGCAGCCUCCCAUCCAUCAAUAAAAGAUUCGGUGCUACCCUGGGGGAACUCGUUGGAGGAAGGGUUGGAAUAGCAUAUUCUUCCGUCGGUGUCCUGAAGAUUGCUGUCACUAUUGCUGUCCGGUAUUCUCUGCUUCGCCAGCAAUUUGGCCCUCCCAAGCAGGCUGAGAUCAGUAUCCUGGAUUACCAAUCUCACCAGCACAAGCUCAUGCCCAUGCUGGCAUCAACAUAUGGCUUUCACUUCGCAACUCAGUAUUUGAUGGAGAAAUAUUCCGAGAUGAAGAAGUCUCAUGAUGAUCAGGUUGUCGCAGACGUGCAUGCUCUCUCCGCCGGCCUCAAGGCCUACGUGACAUCAUUUACAGCAAAAUCUUUGAGCAUCUGCCGAGAAGCUUGUGGCGGCCACGGGUAUGCUGCCGUUAACCGAUUUGGCAGUCUGCGAAACGAUCACGACAUAUUUCAGACAUUUGAAGGAGACAACACAGUGCUUCUGCAGCAGGUUGCAGCUGACCUCUUGAAGCAAUACAAAGAAAAAUUUCAAGGCGGGACACUCACAGUCACAUGGAACUACUUGAGAGAAUCGAUGGGUUCGUAUCUUUCUCAGCCAAAUCCAGUAACUGCUCGCUGGGAAGGAGAAGGGCACUUGCGAGAUCCUACCUUCCAGCUAGAUGCCUUCAGGUACCGAACAUCUCGGUUGCUUCAAAGUGUCGCUGUGCGACUCCGCAAACACACAAAGAAUCUUGGUGGUUUUGGUGCAUGGAAUAGAUGCUUAAAUCAUCUGCUGACGCUUGCAGAGUCCCAUAUAGAAUCCGUGAUCCUUGCCAAGUUCAUUGAAGCUGUGCAGAGCUGUCCUGACGGGAGCACACGUUCUGUCUUGAAGCUUGUAUGUGACCUUUAUGCCUUGGAUCGAAUCUGGAAUGACAUAGGCACCUACCGUAAUGUAGAUUAUGUGGCUCCCAAUAAAGCUAAGGCAAUCCACAAACUCGCAGAAUACCUGAGUUUCCAAGUGAAGAACGUUGCAGGUGAACUUAUAGAUGCAUUUGAUCUUCCGGAUAGCGUCAUACGUGCACCAAUUGGCAUGAAAUCAGAAGUGUACACACAAUACACCCAGAAUGUUGGAUUCUAAUAUCUUGAAGACGGGCUCCCCCACGGUUGUGUUAGAAUAACCAAAUGCUGAAAGGCUAUGUAGGAGUCUUGCAGUCAUGUAUAUGCUUGCUGGAGAGCACAUAAAAAGGAGUAUACGGGAAUUAAUUAAAAUAAAACCCAUAUCAUAUGGCAAACAUUACUGAAGGAACUUUCACAAUUUGAUGCACUGAGAGUUUUACUUCAUUGUCAAAGUUUAUGUAUAAUGGACCAUUGAUCAUUGGUUGCA